ACCUCAAGUGAUCUGCCCACCUUGGUCUCCCAAAGUGCUAGGAUUACAGUUGUGAGCCACUGCGCCUGGCCUCAUCUGGAUUUUAACAAACUCACUAGAAGAUUCUGAUUCAAAUGGCCUUGUCUGCAUUUGGCAGCUCUUUGUCCUGUCACUUCCUGUUCCCAAACCUUCCUGGCACCUCACUGGUUACAAAAUAAUGUCCUCAGCCUGGAGUUCAGAGCCCUCCCACCAGCGUCAUCUCCCCCACAUACUUCACCACCAAAGUCACCAUUACCUGAUCUCAUCAGACCCUGCCAGCCUUGGGCCCUUUGCUUAGGGUGAGCCUCCACCUAGAGGGGCUUCUGGAGUCAGAGAGACUGGGCUCGAAUCUGGACAUUUUCACCUACUAGCCAGAGGCAAGUCACUUUACCUCCCUGAGCCUUGAUUUCUCUCAUUUGUAAGAUGGGCAGAAAGCCACUUGCCUGGCAGGCCACUGCACAGAUUCCAUUAGGUGAUUGAUAGCAAGAAGGCCAGGAACACGGAGGCAGCAGCCCAUGGCAGCGAUGAGAGCUAUGACUCACCUCCUCUGUGCCUCUCACAGCCAUCCCUUCCGGACAAGAGAUGGAAAGGCAGGUGGAAAUUUGACAUGUGUGGACAUACAGAGGUAGUGGCAUUGUGGGUCAGUUUUUCCUUUCGUUUUGGUUUUGAGUAGUGGUGUGAUAAGUGACAAUUUGCUACAGGUGAACCCUUUCUAGUUCUUCAAAACCCAGUAGAGGUGUUCCCUCUCCCAGAAACCUCAUGCUAGGGCCAGAAUUCCCUUUUCUUCCUCUAGGCUUAUGGCAUCCUUGACUUGUGCCUGGGUGUGGCAGGUGGCAUCUAGGUUCCUGGAGAAGCUGAGGAACCCCUCCACGAGGGCCCACAGCUGAUCCGUGGUGCGUCACCUCUACUGCCCCAGUGCACAGCACCCAUCCAGGCAUGGCUCAAGUGUCCAGGAAAUACUUGGUUAACUGAAUCUACAAUGGGUGUCUGGCAAGUGGGGACAAGGGCCGCCGGCGAAGCCGCCUGGCACUGAGCCGCCGUCCGCAUGCCAACGGAGUGAAGCCAGACGUCAUGCACCACAUCUCCACGCCGCUCGUCUCCAAGGCACUGAGUAACCGUGGUCAGCACAGCAUCUCGUACACGCUAUCCCGGAGCCACUCGGUCAUAGUGGAGUAUACACAUGAUAGUGACACAGACAUGUUCCAGAUCGGCCGCUCCACAGAGAACAUGAUUGACUUUGUGGUAACAGACACGUCCCCUGGAGGAGGGGCUGCCGAGGGCCCUUCCGCCCAGAGCACCAUCUCCCGCUACGCCUGCCGCAUCCUCUGUGACCGCCGGCCGCCUUAUACUGCCCGCAUCUAUGCAGCUGGCUUCGACGCCUCUAGCAACAUCUUCCUUGGAGAGCGGGCGGCCAAAUGGCGGACCCCAGAUGGCCUGAUGGAUGGACUGACCACCAAUGGAGUUCUGGUGAUGCACCCAGCGGGCGGCUUCUCCGAGGACUCAGCCCCAGGUGUCUGGCGGGAGAUCUCGGUCUGUGGGAAUGUGUACACGUUGCGGGACAGCCGCUCAGCCCAGCAGCGGGGCAAGCUGGUGGAAAACGAGUCCAACGUGCUGCAGGACGGCUCUCUCAUCGACCUGUGUGGGGCCACACUGCUGUGGCGCACACCGGCGGGGCUGCUGCGGGCUCCCACACUGAAGCAACUGGAGGCCCAGCGGCAGGAGGCAAAUGCAGCGCGGCCCCAGUGCCCCGUGGGCCUCAGCACUCUGGCCUUCCCCAGCCCAGCCCGUGGCCGCACAGCACCCGACAAACAGCAGCCCUGGGUCUACGUCCGCUGCGGGCACGUCCACGGCUACCACGGCUGGGGCUGCCGGCGGGAGCGGGGCCCCCAGGAGCGCGAAUGUCCUCUCUGCCGCCUCGUGGGGCCUUAUGUGCCUCUAUGGCUUGGCCAGGAGGCCGGCCUCUGCCUGGACCCUGGGCCGCCUAGCCAUGCCUUUGCACCUUGCGGCCACGUCUGCUCUGAGAAGACUGCCCGCUACUGGGCCCAGACACCACUGCCCCACGGCACCCAUGCUUUCCAUGCCGCCUGCCCCUUUUGCGGGGCCUGGCUUACCGGCGAGCAUGGCUGCGUCCGCCUCAUUUUCCAGGGUCCGCUGGAUUAGGCUCCCUGGGGCCCCCUGCUGCUGUGCCCACCUGCCCACCCAGGUCCCCACCUCCUGCAGCCCAGAGGGAGCUCUGCAUGUGGGACACUCCCUGCUGGCACAGCCACACCAGAUGGACAUGUUGGACGGGCUGUGCCCUUUCCCCCAACUGUGGCCCCCCAAGGAGGUCCCCAAGAUCUCCACCCCAGUCAUGCUGAUGGGGCCUUCAGAACCAGCUCUGUCCUGGGUCGAUGGAGGAGAGCCCAGCCCCAUGGCUUUGCCCUUCCUGGGGCAUCCCACAUCGUGCCGCUGACACUGUGUGCCCCUGGGGGAGUGAAGGGGUCAGGGGCCCCUGACCCCUAGCUUAGGCUGGCUAUGCCCUGAGCCUGCCAACCCAGUUUCAGACACUCAUCCUUCCUGCUGCCACCCUGGGUUCCUCUAUAAACCUCGCUGCUCAGCUGCCCCCACAAGUCCCAUGUGCCCCGCAUGCGUGUAAUGCCUCCAGCCCCCAAGUGAGUGGUGGGUGGGUGGCAGGCUGGGCCCAGCAUUUGCUGACAGCCGCUAUGGGCUGGACUCUGUGCUAAGUGGUCUCUGGGGACACAGAGGCAAUCAGACCUGGUUCCCCGCCUGGUGGAGUUCACAGUCUAGUGGAGGACAGACUGUUACCAAAUGGCAACACGCUUCAUGUGUGCUAGGAUCAGAGUACGAAUCGGGCUGUGGCAGGCCUCACUGGUAAUGGAAAAGUGAGGGAGGCUUCACGGAGGAGUUGUCGUAGGAGCUCAGCCUCGAUGGCUGCUCGGAACCCUUGGGGUCCACAAGAUGGGAAGCGUGCUCUAUGCAGAAGGGAGGGCCUGUGCGUAGGCUCAGGUGUCAGUAAGCCAGGAAUCCAGGGACAGUGUCAGGGUGGCUGGAGCAUGGACUGCUGGGGGACAGAGAAGGGGGUGGAGCAAAAGGUUGGGACCAUGUGACCAGGGAGGAUGCUGGAUGGAGGAUUCUGAACCUCAUUUGUGGAUGGUCAGGAGUCAACAAAGGGAGGAGAGAGGACUCACUGGUCAAGAGUGUGUCGGCUGUGACACAAGGGCCAUCAUCCCUGAAUGCCCACCACGUGCCCCGCACUGCUGCUGAUGAUAAUAAUAACUACGUCCAUUGAGCACUCUCCAGA